CGUUCAAGAAACCGAUGGCUCCUAUUUUGAAAAUUUCACAUCGCUGGGAUGGAAACGGGAAAACCGCCGUAUGUCGGCAACGCGUGCCGCUGAGGCACGUGCCGAAUCACUUCAUGAGCAGGAACGUGAGCCGCCAAAAAUUGCUGAAGAUUCUAUCGAAAGUCAAGAGCAAAAAGAAAAGCUAUAUUUGGAAGUAUUGAAUACCAUUGCCAAUACUGUGGGUGCAUCAGCACCCGGUGGACAGUUCACCCAUUAUAAAGAUGAAAUGUAUUUGCAUGCGCAACGGGCAUUUGGCAUGAGUCCAGAUCGUCAUUAUCGACUGUUGCAUGCCACGGCUGAGGAUAAACCAAAAGUUAUCGUCCUGUCGGUGGUGGUCAUUGAGGCAGAAGGGCUCGAAGCCAAAGAUGCAAAUGGCUUCUCCGAUCCAUAUUGUAUGCUGGGCAUUCAACCAGAUGGUGGUCCACCCGUAUCACCAUUACCACUGCCACCAACACCACGAGCUCUAUCAGCCGAUAUGAAUGCAUUCGAUAAUAAUGCCGCCGAUUCACCGCCCCACCGUAAGCAUAGCUUUCGUUUGAGUUUCAAACGACGCGAAGGCAAUCGUCGCGAGCAGCGUGAUUCAUUGGGUGGGCCGGUACCAGCAAAAUUUAUAUGCGCCACAUCAAUAAAACCGCACACUCUGACGCCCAAAUGGAAUGAGAAAUUUAAAUU